AUGUCAGAACCUGCACAGGCUACUACAGCUGCUGCGGAAGAGCGCACCGACGCUCCUUCUGCGCCCGGCUCGCCGCAGCCCGCCGCGGAAGAGAAGCCCGAGACCAAGACAACAGCAACGAAGGAACGUGACGAUGACGAGCAUGAGACGGAUGAAACGAAAGAAUCGAAAAGAUCGCAAUCAGAUGAUGAAGAACCCACACAAGAAGAUACGUCCGCGCCGCCUUUGCCCGACGAAGUCCCUCCACCCCUCCCGAAAGAAGCUCCGCCUGGCCAAGCCCAGGACGAUGGAUGGGAACCCGUUCUCAGUGGGAUAACCCCCGCGUGCCGAACGCAGAAGCAGCCGCCCCCCCCUCCAGCUCCAGGUACGGAAGCUCCGAAGGAAGCGCCUGUACUGGGUGGCUACAACCCCGCGAUCCACGGCGACUACGACCCCAACGCAUCUUACGCACAAGAGCACGAACCGCGAGAAGAAGCGCGUGCCAUGACCGGAAUCGAUCCGAUGGCUUCUUACGCUGCUACGGGCGCAUUCAACCGAUUCACGGGCCGCUGGCAGGCCGAGGGAAUCAAUCCUGACAACCAUAGUCAACACAACAAGGCUCACCGGCAAAUGAAUGCGUUCUUCGAUGUAGACGCCGCAGCCAACAGCCAUGAUGGCCGCAGUCUACGUGCGGAACGCAGCGCCAAGAAGUUGACCAAGAAGGAGCUGAAAAUGUUCAAGGAGAAGCGCCGGGAAAAGAAGGAGGAGAAGCGGAGGGCAUGGCUACGGGAUUGA